CGAGACCAUGAAUGCUGUGUCUUCUUUUCAUCGUGUUCGUGCCGUGCGGUGCAUCUCAUGGAACUCGUUGUCGUCGAUUGAUCUUAGGGCAGUCGCGCUCAAAUUUGUGAUUCCACUCACUCAGUCGCUCGGAGCAAGAACGCAAUUUUUCAAGUGAUUCCACGGCCGGAUUUGAGGCGGAGCUCGCGAAAUCGCCACUUCGAGCUCGUCCGGCCUCAUUUUGCGUCCUCCUAUCGAUGGGCCCGUGAAGGCUCCGUGUUUUAGCUCGAGCGGUGGGAUCGACGAUCGGCGUGAAGUGUCGUCGGAAUUUCUUUGGUCGCUCCGUUCAGCCGGCGGUGGAGGAGGUUUUGGAUAAUGUAGUGGGCCGUCCGCUGCGUGUGGAUCGAUCGGCGACAUGGCCGAUUUUUGGUUAUUUAGAGGAUGCGGAGAAUCUCGUGCCGUGACGAAUUUGCGAGAUGUGUUUGUAAUCAGAAUGGAAGAGAAAAUGGGGCCUGGGGAACGCAGUAAAGAAGAAAGAAAGAACGAGAAGGAGAGGGAGCUGUGAUGAGUGGGGUGGGUGAGGUCGAGCUGAUUAAGGAAAAGGCCACGAGCGGAUGCAUCAGACCGGAGACAAUCUAUGUGAAGAGCAAAUCAAUCGGCAUGGGAAGCCGAAGCCGGUCAUCGAGAGCAGGUGACUGGCAGGGCCUAGACCUGAAGCCCCAAUCAUUCACAGAGAGGUAUGGUCGCUCUCCAGAUCUCUAGGCCUGCGGCGCUUGACAUUUGGGCACUGUCCCGACGACCCAUCCGACAUUCUGCGAUUUCGAACCAUUCUCCUUUGAGUCGCGUUCUCGCGCAAUAGGCUCGCAUUCAUGAACAUACUCGCCUGUUUCGGCAGCGGCCAGAGCCGGCCUUCCACGACCCCAUCCUCCACCAGGGCACGCCGCAGCACUUUCGAUCCGAGCAAAGGCGCUAGAGUUGUGAGACCCGGCCCCCUGCCUGCGGCUCCUCCGGCCGCUGCUGCUCCUCCUCGGGCCGCGCUAGCUCAGAAGAGGCCGUCCGUCCUCUCGUCGAGACCCAACUCCGCGCCAUCGCCAUCUCCAUCAUCAUCGACGCCCGCUCGAUCCCAAGCCCAAGCCCAAGUCCCAGCCCAGAGCGGCAGUCAGAGACGAGAGGACAAUUCGCAGGCGCAGAGGAGCCAGUAUAAUAAAGACAACAUGAGGCGUCCCAGUGCUGUCGGCUCGGGCUCCUAUGGCCAAGCCAACGAUCCCUUCGCCUGUACCCAUUUGACCGAGCUUAUGCCCAUCACGCCCAUCGAGUCCACCUACAGAGCGCACUCCGGGGGAACUUUGCCCGACGGUAUAGAGGCACCGGAGUCCAGGGAGCAGAAUAUGCGCCGUCUUUAUGUGCACGACGAGGAUCGAGUUCUUCUCAAGGUGGUGCAUUAUGGCAACCCGACUUCUGUUGGCAUUGAGUUCGAGGAGGGAGGAGAUUGGCAAUUCAAGCCUCUUUGGACUCAGCGAGCUGGUCCUCGGGCUCAAAUAUACUUUCAUCCUUCAGCUGUCAAAGCAGCAAUCGUGACCUGUGGUGGACUUUGCCCUGGUCUUAACGAUGUGAUUCGCCAGGUGGUGUUCACACUCGACGUGUAUGGCGUGAAGGAGAUUCUGGGUAUUCAAUAUGGCUUCAAAGGCUUCGUCGAUCCUAAGUACCCACCUGUUGCACUGACUCGGAAGUUGGUGUCACGUGUACACAUGGCCGGUGGGAGCUUUCUGGGUGUUUCUCGUGGAACUCCGGAUCUUAAUGACAUCGUAGAUAAACUGCAGGACUGGGGCAUCAAUUUUUUUUUUAUCAUCGGUGGAAAUGGCUCACAUGCUGGGGCCCAUGAAAUCUACAAAAGGUGUCUGGAGCGAAAAAUGAAAAUCGCUGUUGUGGGAAUACCUAAAACAAUCGACAAUGAUCUGCAACUUGUCGAUAAGACUUUUGGGUUUGAUACAUCAGUUGAAGAAGCACAGCGAGCCAUCAAUGCUGCCUUCGUUGAGGCCAGUAGUGCCUACAAUGGCGUUGGAAUAGUAAAGCUCAUGGGACGACAAAGUGGGUUCAUAGCGAUGUAUGCCACCUUGGCCAGUGGUCAGGUGGACAUUGUCCUCAUUCCAGAGGUACCUUUUGUUCUAGAAGGAGAGCAUGGUGUGUAUAACUUCAUGAAGAAAAGGCUGGACAAGAAUGGCUUGUGUGUUGUGGUUAUAGCCGAGGGUGCUGGGCAGGAACUGCUGGAAAGUUCUGGUGGUGUAGAUGCUUCAGGAAAUCCUAUCCUCGGGGAUAUUGGCAAAUGGUUUUACAGUCAGGUUAAAGCUUAUUUUGGAAAGAUUAAAAUGUCCGUUGAUGUGAAGUAUAUUGACCCCACUUAUAUGAUCCGGGCAAGACAUUGUAACUCUUCAGACCACAUCAUCUGCAGUGUCCUUGGACAGAACGCGGUUCAUGGAGCGUUUGCUGGAUACACAGAUAUCACUAUUGGGCUUGUGAAUACUCACUACGUUUUUCUUCCCAUUCCGAAAGUCAUAGAAGUCGCCCGUAAAGUGGACCCAAACAGCAAUAUGUGGCACCGCACCGUGACAUCUACAGGUCAACCCGACUUUCCAAUGGUGCCGCAAAAGAUAUCUGAGAAGAAGGCUCAGUCUCAACCCUCAUCACCGCCGAAGUCUCAACCCACCUCACCGAAAUCUCCUGUCAGCGGAUCCUCCCGUUCUCAAUCUCCUGGAGAAUCCAGAUCCUUAUCUUGCAGGCGCCAUCCAUUUGAUAUGAAAACCUCAGACCGGAGUAUGUAGAGUUGAUUGCCUGGGAAACUCUAUAAGGUGAUUUGUGUCCAGAUCGAGUUAUCAGGAAAGAGUUGAGCACCAGCUGUAAUGGAUAUGGGGCCACAACGAAGAGGUUCCAGGAAACCCUCAUUGAAGUCACCCCUGCCAGUUUUCAAUACAAAGAGACCAACCAGCGCUUAACUACGGAUUUUCAGAUAAGAUGCGAUGAGUCCCGAGUGUGUGAUUACAUUGCAUGCAUACAAGAGAGAACCUUCGAUGGUUUUUAGACUAUACAUACUUGCCGCAUGUGCAAGUUAACCUUUUCUUUUCAACAAGCCUAUAAUUACUUCUUACGCCUAAAAUGCACCCGGGAAAGAUUUGCAUUAUGGGAAUUAUGUGCAUGCUU